AUGGCAACAGUGACCUCUGUAGCAGACCUUCACGAUGUCGAUCUCCGCAAAGUAGUUCAAGAUAAAGUUUUGAAUCAAAUGAUCAAACAUGUGACCCAACUCACUCGAGGAUGGGUCGUAAUGGUCGUUGACGACGAGGCUACACGUUGUUUGACGCCGGUUGCGCGCAUGAGUGAUCUCACGGACUGCGGUGUGUCGCUGUUGGAGCGCUUAGAACUUCAGCGCCAGCCAUUUCCAGAGAUGAAUGUUGUGUACCUUAUAGCCCCUACGGUGCAAAACGUCCGUUGCAUGGCAAAAGACUUUGAAGAUCCUAACAAGCCGACUUAUAACGAAGUGUAUCUAUAUUUUCUGCAUCAUGCGGACGAAGACAUACUCAAUGAGCUAAAGAAAUCUCCGCCUGCUUUGCUACAGCGUCUUAAGACUCUGCAAGAAGUGAAUAUAGAUUUUCUUGCACUUGAGAAAUGUGCAUUCUCUUUUGGGAUACCCGAAGCGUUCCAUACACUGUAUUCACCGACUGUAAAGGAGUCAGAGUGUGAGGAGCUUAUGCAGCUGAUCAGCAAUAAAUUAGUAUCGGUUUGCGCAACUCUUGAAGAGUAUCCGUAUGUGAGGUACCAAGCUGGACAUACUCGCAUGGAGAUGCUGGCACAAAUGUUUCAGAAUAAGAUGAAUGAUUACUUGGCGCAGAAUUCAACUUUUUCGUACGCUCCAAAAAGGGGAACGCUUUUAUUUUUUGAUCGUGGUCAAGACAUGGUAACACCCUUGAUGCACGAGAGUACAUUUCAGGCGAUGACGUACGACUUGUUGGACGUAAAGGGUGAUCAGAUCUCAUAUGAAGCGGAAACAAAUUCUGGUACGACGGCUAAGACAGCAUUUUUAAAUGAGAAUGACAAGCAGUGGGUGGAAUUUCGGCACACGCAUAUCGCCAGAGUCAGCACAGAGAUUGGCAAACGGAUGACAGCAUUGUCGGUGUCCAAUGCAGGUACAUCUCUUGGCCGCGGCAAAAGCACGGAUCUUCAUGCCAUGGCAGCCGGAUUACGUGAGUUGCCUGAAUACCGCGAGAUGUUGGGCAAAUUAUCGCAGCAUCUGUUCUUGGCGGGGAAAGCUAUGGAUAUUUUUACCGCGACAGCUUUGCUUGGUGCAUCUAAUAUUGAGCAGACCCUAGCAACAGGUGUGGAUGAGUCAGGAAAGAAGUUAAAACAUGCUACGAUUGCGAAACAGCUAGAAGAUUUGUUCAAGGACCCGAAACUGAUCGAGACAGAUCGCUUCCGUGUUGCCGCUGUGUUUGCCUUAACACAAGACACUAUGAAGGAAGCUGAGCGCAGUAAGAUUAUGCUAGCGGCAAGGCUUUCCAAGAAUCAAGAGACCAUUCUCGAAAAUAUGUCAUUAGUGGCCGGCUCGUCGCUGUACAAGAUCCAUGGCAAUUCGCAUAUAUCGAGCGAAGAGUUGAAGCUGGCCUCAAAGAAGGCUGAGGCAGUGGAAUAUUCAAACGCACGUUACGACCCAAAGAUCAAAGCCAUCGUAAUGCGUGCACUAAAGCGUACUCUUAGUGAAACUGAGUAUCCUUAUCUAAUCACCCCGCCUCCUCAAAGCCCGACGGCCGAUGACUCAAAGAAAUCUGGACCAGUCUCCUUACGAAAAAAAAACUUUGGAAAGUUAAAGCCGCAGGAGAUAACACCAGACAACGAGCUUUUUGUGGGUGAAAAAAUGGUUGUCUUUAUAUGCGGGGGAGGCACAUAUUCCGAGCUUCGCAGCAUUUACGAAGCUCGCAGUGAAGAAAAGCGCGACGUAUUUUUGGGGACGACGUCAUUUCUCGCUCCUCCCGUCUUUAUUGAGCUUAUUGCGACGCUUAAAGAGACCAGUCCCACUUCUUCAAAACAUUCAGUUAGUGGCCAAGGCGCUGAGGUGGCGCCGCUCACAAGUGGUGAAAUUCACCUCCAACUUCAAACACAACAGAGGGAAAAGACAAACGCCUUUUAG